AUGAGCGACGGCCCCGGCCACGGCCACGGCCAAGGUCACGGCCACGGCCCCCCCGAGGCCGGGUCCCCGGGCCCCGCGGACGGCGCCCCCCGGCCCCUGGACAUGGGCCCCGGGGCUCCCCCAACGGGCAGCGGCGCCGUGAAGAAGGGCCCCCCCGUGGCCCCCAAACCCGCCUGGUUCCGCCAGAGCCUGCGGAGGCUGCGGGCCCAGGGCCCGGACCCCGGGGAGCCCCCCGCCGCCGCCCCCGGGAAGCCCCCCGCCGCCGCCUCCAGGUCCCUCGGCUCCAUCCGCCACAGAAUCAGCUCCUUUGAGACCUUGGGGUGCUCCCCGCCGCCCCCCCAGGCCGCCCCGAGACCCAGCCUGCAGCCCCCCCGGCCCCGGGCCGAGGCCCCCGAACCCCCCGGGGGGCCGGGAGGCGGGGGGCCCGGCGUUGGGGACCCAGGGGCGCCCCCCGCCGCGGAGCAGCCGGCCCCCGGGGACGGGGGUGCAGGGGGGACCCCGGCCCCCCCGGAGCUCCGGCCCCCCGGGCGGCGGGCCCGCAGCCUCCCGCUGAGCCGCGCGCGCUCCCUGGACGCGGACACGGGGGACGGGGCCUGCCCGCUCCGCGCGCUCAGCGGCCGCGUGUCCUGCGCCGUCCUGCGCUCCCUGCUGGGCCGCCCGGCCUCCGCCCCCGGCAGCCCCUGCGGCCGCGCGCCUGCAGAGGCCUCCCCAGGCCCGGACCCGGACCCCGCCGCCGGCAGCACGGACUCCGGGUUCUCUCUCAACCUCUCGGAGCUGAGGGGGUACUCGGAGGGCCUGGGGGAGCUGAGGGAGCCCCCGGAGGCCACGGCCUGCGCCCCCGCGGCCGGCCAGGCGGUGCUGGCGCUGCUGAGCGCGGAGGAGCUGCGGGAGCUGCUGGAGGAGGUGCAGGAGCUGGACGCCGCCGCGCUGCAGCAGCUGGAGAGCAUCCACGUCACCGUCCUGCACAAGGAGGAGGGCGCCGGCCUGGGCUUCAGCCUGGCGGGGGGCGCGGACCUGGAGAGCAGGGAGGUCACGGUCCACAGGGUGUUCCCCAGCGGCCUGGCCGCCCAGGAGGGCACCAUCCGGAAGGGCGACGAGGUGCUGUCCAUCAACGGCAAGUCCCUCAGAGGCGCCACGCACAGCCAGGCGCUGGCCAUCCUGCGCCAGGCCCGGGAGCCCCGCCAGGCCGUGGUGGUCACCCGGCGGCCGGCGCCCGGCCCGCGGCCCUCGGCGGAGGCUCCCACCCCGGCCGCCCCGGCCGCCCCGGCCCCCGCGGCCGGGGACGCCGCCUCGGACCCCGCAACGGAGGACGCGGUCGCCGUGGAGACGCUGACGCUGACGCUGGAGAAGACGCCGGCGGGGCUGGGCUUCAGCCUGGAAGGCGGGCGGGGCUCGCUGCAGGGGGACCGGCCCCUCACCGUCAACCGGGUGUUCACAGGGGCGGCCUCGGGGCCGGAGAGCGUGCGGCCGGGGGACGAGGUGCUGCAGCUGGCAGGUGCCACCACGCAGGGCCUCACGCGCUUCGAGGCCUGGAGCCUCAUCAAGGCGCUGCCCGACGGCCCGGUCCCCGUGAGCGUGCGGAGGAGGAGCCCGCGGCCGCAGCGGACCCCGAGCCCCGGGCCCCCGUAG